AUGGCUUCAACCUUAAAUCUAUAUAGCACAAUUUCUAGCAGCAUGGCUUGCCGCCUGCCCGGGGGGCUUGAUAGUUCAUCCUCCUUAUGGGAUCUACUCAUUCGGAAAGGAUCAGUCCAAACCCCACGAGUCCCAGCAUCGCGGUUCAACAUUGACGCCUACCUGCACUCAAACCUUGAGCGCCCUGGGAGCUUCAAUGUUCCCGGAGGUUACUUCUUGAACAAACCAAUUGAGAGCUUCGAUCCCAGCUUUUUUAAUAUGACGCCUAUUGAGGCUAUGUGGUUGGACCCUCAACAGCGUAAGAUUCUCGAAGUCGUCUAUGAGUGCUUCGAGUCGGCUGGUUUGACAUUGGAUCAAGUUUCGGGCAGCAACACUGCUGUCUUCGUUGGCAGUUUCACUAGUGAUUACCAGCAGAUGUCGACCCGCGAGCCAGACUUUCGCCACAACUAUGCUGCCACGGGUGUGGAUACAGGCCUCAUCAGUGCUCGCAUUGGAAAUGUUUUCAAUCUGCAAGGACCAAGCUUUACAAUCAAUACUGCAUGUUCCUCGUCCAUCUAUGCCGUUCAUAACGCCUGCCACACACUCCGUGGAAGAGACUGCAGUGCCGCUGUUGUGGGAGGAGUAAACUUGAUUAUGACAGUCGAUCAGCACAUGAACACUGCAAAGCUGGGAAUCCUGUCACCGACCUCGACUUGCCACACUUUUGAUGCCUCGGCUGAUGGUUAUGGUCGUGCGGAAGGCGCUGGUGCUCUCUAUUUGAAGCGACUGUCCGACGCCAUUCGCGACGGAGAUGUUAUUCGAGGCGUAAUUCGCUCCUCUGCUGUAAACACAAACGGCAAAGUGCCUGGAAUGGGUAUCACUCACCCAAGCAAAUGUGGUCAAGAGCGUGUCGUGCGCUCUGCUUAUGAAAAGGCGCGUCUAAACCCCGAUCGUACCGCAUAUUUCGAAUGUCACGGAACAGGUACACCAGUGGGUGAUCCCAUUGAAAGUCAUGCUGCCUCGAUGGCCAUGAAUGAUACCCGCAGUCUAGAAAAGCCUCUUCUUAUUGGAGCCAUUAAGGCAAACAUUGGCCAUAGCGAGGCCGCUAGUGGCAUCUUUUCCGUGAUGAAGGCGGCUAUGAUGACAGAGGCUGCGGUCAUUCCGGGCGUUUGUGGGCUAAAGACACUCAACCCAGCAAUCAAGGAGGAUGAGUGGAAUAUCAAGGUCAACACCAACACCAUUCCGUGGCCUGCAGAAUUCUCUGAGCGGCGUGCUAGUGUAUCUUCCUUCGGUUAUGGCGGCACCAAUGGCCAUGUCAUUGUGGAGAGCAUUGAUUCACUUUUUCCCAACUACCAGCAGCAUGGUAAAGCCAAGUGUGAGGCUUCAUAUGACCACUCAACUUCUCGGCCUUUCCUUCUUGGCUUCUCGGCUCACGAGAAAACGACUCUAACGCGGAACAUCGUGGCACAUGCCCAGGUCGCUGAUCGCUACUACUUAGCAGACGUGGCUUACACGCUGCUUCAUCAUCGCACAAAGCUCACCCAACGCGCUUUCACAGUAGUUUCCGAGGCCGACCUCGUGGAUGCAUUUGAUCCCACUCAAUUCAACUAUGGGGUUGCUCCAAAGGCGACACCCAGCGUUGGCUUUCUGUUCACAGGACAGGGGGCCCAAUGGGCAGGCAUGGGCUUUAGAGCAACCCGAGCUUUUCCUUCGUUCCGACAAACCAUCAGACGCCUAGAUAAAGUCCUUCAGACCCUCCAGCCUACACCUGCUUGGACACUUGAGGAUGUUUUGUUGGCUCCUAUUGAGGCUAGCCGUGUGGCCGAGGCAGAAUUUUCUCAGCCAGUGUGCACUGCUGUGCAGAUUGCUAUAGUGGACCUCUUUGCUGAGUGGAAUAUCGCACCCAAAGUGACUGUAGGCCACUCCUCGGGUGAGAUUGCUGCAGCGUAUGCUGCCGGGCGCAUCUCUGCUCCUGUCGCCAUCAUUGCGGCCUAUCUGCGCGGAUUGACUGUGGCCCAGUAUGCUUCUACCGGCGGCAUGCUGGCCGUCGGUCUCGGGCCAGAAGAGGUACUGCCAUACCUUGAAGAAGGGAUUGUCAUCGCAUGUGAGAACAGUCCUGUCAGCAUAACCCUCAGUGGCUUGUUGAAAGCUAUCCAGGAAGUCAAAUCCAAACUGGAUGCAGAUGGGGUUUUUGCACGAGAGCUAAAAACAGACAAGGCCUAUCAUUCCCCUCAGAUGGACCUUGUUUCGCGUGUAUAUGAUGCGCUACUUGCAGAUGCCAUCAAGAUAGUAGAUACGAAGCCACUCUUGCCUCGGGUGGCUUGGGUCUCGUCAGUCACCGGCCAAGAAUUUACUGCAAACACGGUCCCCGAGUCGUACUGGAGUACCAACCUUCGUGGGCGUGUGCGCUUUAGCACAGCCGUUGCCGCCAUUCCAGGUGUCUUGAAUGGGGAUGAGAGCAUCAGCAUGAUUGAGAUUGGUCCACACACUGCCCUCAGUGGACCAUUUAAGCAGAUUCACAAGGCCGUACAGGAAAUGGCACGGUUCAACUACUUGCCCACCUUGGUUCGAGGAAAGGACUGUGCUGUCCAACUUCUUCAGACUGCCGGGUUCCUGUGGGCUCAGGACUAUCCCCUUGACCUUCACCAUGUCAAUGCAAUGGAUGCCAAUCUAAAUCUUCGCCGCCCCCGAACACUAGUGGAUCUACCUCCCUACCAAUGGAACUACGAUAACACCUUUUGGGCCGAGCCUCGCCCAAGCCAAGAGAUCCGCAAGAUGACGCAUCCGCGUCAUGACCUACUCGGUAGUCGAGUUGCAGGCAUGUCGGAUCGCUCGUGCGUGUGGCGCAAUGUCCUUCGGCACCGAGAUAUUCCCUGGUUGGUAGACCAUAAGCUGGGAAGCGCCGAUAUUUUCCCCGCUGCCGGCUAUGUGUCCGUAGCAGCUGAGGCUCUGCGCCAAGUGUGCGAAAGCAAAGAGCUCUCCAUACCCGGCAUUACGUUCCGUGAUGUGGGCAUCAAAGUUGCCUUGGUGAUCCCAGAUACUGAUGACGGAAUUGAGAUUCAAGUCCGGCUCUCAGCAAUUACAGAAAGCAAGAGCGAGAACACCCCCACAAGUAGUUGGUAUGAAUUUGCCGUUGAAUCCAUUCGUGAUGGUGCAUGGACGCUGCACUGUGAGGGGCGAGUAUCGACGAUAGGAAGCUCUGCGGCUACUCCGAGACAGCAUCAGCACCCCGUCCAAAUAUCUCAGCACCCCGUCCAAAUAUCCACAUCAAAAAUCUGGCAUCAGGCGCCGGGGAAACGCUGGUAUGAUGCCUUCCACCAUGUCGGCUUCGAAUACGGCCCGAGCUUCCAACUAUUGAGCAACAUUCGAAGUAACGGCCACGACCACCGUGCUGCCGCUCAAGUACAAAUCAACACAGAGAGCGGACUAAUUACCGGCGAAUCCCGAUACGUCCUGCAUCCGUCUACCGUCGAUGGUUGUCUGCAGCUCGUCAUCAUUUCAAUUAACAAGGGCUUGCAUCAGGAGAUGUCUCACGGUGUUGUACCAAUUGAGAUCGAGGAGUUAUUCCUCUGGUUCCCAGACGAAAAAGACAUUGGACAUACUGGCCAGGCUGUGGCCUGGUCCGACCAGGAGGUUCGCGGCCGCUACUUCGACUUCAAUACAAAGCUCUUUACUGCUUCGGGUCAGCUAGUUCUUGAUAUCCAUAAACUCCGCUGUGUCUCUUAUGAGGCUGCAGUUCCGCAGGUAGACGGCACAGUGGAGCAUUCUCCUUACAUGCAGUCUGUUUGGAAACCUGACUUCUCCACACUGGACACAGGUCAGGCGGUAGCUGCCUACCCGUCUGUGCAGUCAGAUGCCGACUCGGCGGCUGCAGUGGUUGAACUAAUGGAACAUCGCGCCUCUCUGGCUCAUAUGAUUGUCCUAGGUCGGCCUAGUGAGAAAUUACUGGAGGCAGUAUGCUCGCAGAUCAACCUAUUCACUGCUGUAACUAUACUCGAUCAAUCAAAUGAGUAUCUGGACGACCUCACGGUAGGGCAAUCUCUGCUUCAUAUAUCCAAGGUGACAGUGGACUCGUCUGGAGAGUGGAGUAAUCUUAACCUUGCCCCUGCAGAUCUUGUGAUUGCGGGACUACACAGCGGUUUCGAGGGUGCCCAGCUAUUGGCUGCCGUGAGCCCCUUGCUGGCACAAAGCGGCAGCUUGCUGGCAUUGGUACCUCCUUCUUCCGCCCUGGACUUUGUUGAGCAGCUUUCAACUACCAGAUUUUCAACCCCUCAACUGCUCUUCCCGUUCCCUAGUGUCUCUCUGGUCUUUUCGCAUAAACUUGAAGAGAGAUUUGAGCUUACCAAUUGGACAGCAUUGCAAACACCUGGGGUGGUGACCUUCUAUCGGGAUGAUAGCCAUCAGUAUCUGUCCGCCUCGUUGGGGCAGCAGUUGGACUCAAGGGCAGGGAUAAGAGUGCAACAGUGGGCUCUGUCAGAGGUGGCUGAAUUAAACCCUCAGCCGAACGAAGUAUUCCUUAUCCACGAUGUGGAUGGCAGACUGCUGUCAACUUUGACGGAACAGACCUGGGAUUCCCUGAAGCAGAUUCUUCAGUCUGGGGUUCCAACUAUCUGGUUGACCACUGGCGUCAAUGAAGGCCAGUGCGUUGAGGGAACAUCGUCCCAGGGUUUCCUUCGCGCCAUUCGAUCCGAGCAAGCGAAUGCCAGAAUUGUUCUUCUUGAUGUGGAUCAGAAUCAAGGUCUAGAAAUGAUUGCCGAAACACUUGCUGGCCUGCUAGGCCGAAUUCCGACCAAAGAUUCGCGAGAGGACACCGAGUUAUGGCUCCAUGAUGGCAUCCUUCACAUCCCGCGGGUGACACCCAAUGGCCACCUGAACGAUAUCUGGUCCGGUCCAGGAGAUGAAGAGAUUCAGCACACACCCCUUCCUCAAAAUCAAUUGCUCGUGGCUAAGCCGGUGGCGGGAGACCUUGUCUUCCAUGCCACUAAACGUGUUGAUAUUGCCGCGCAUGAACUUGAGCUUCAGGUUCAGCAAGCACAAUUUUUCGAACGCGAUUUGAGAAUCGUGUCGGUCGAACCGCGGCUAGUUGCAGGUACUAUUAUCCGGGUUGGAGCUGCGGUGGAUAGCUCACUAAUUGGAUCGACUGGCAUCGCAUAUACCUCCGGUCCACUCAGCACUCUUGUGAAGACUACGUUGAUGACUAUUGGCAUUCACCACCAAAGAAGCUCCAAUCUCAGUGCUGCAAAUACAGUCGCUAUUCUCCCGGGUUUUGUGUCCGCUAUCAAUGUUGUUCUGGGAGCUGCCCAGGUCGUAGGCCAGGCAGACCAUCUGAUUCUUCUUCCGGCGCCUUAUUCGUUUGUUCAAGCGGCCAUUCGGCUGCAGAAAUCUUUCGGAUUUCAACUCACCAUCUUCUGUGCUGAUGAAGAGCAAUGGGCAUUGAUUUCCUCGGCGCCAGGAUUUAGCGCUGAACUCCAACUCAAAGUUGCCGAUGUGGAUCAAGUGCGUGAGAUUUUUCAAACUUCCUCCAAGCAAGCCGCGUCCGUAUCUAUUGUCAGCCAUAAAUGGGACACCCUUAGUCGGGACGCAUGGCGAUCCAUCCCAGCGCUGGGCCGAUUUGUUUUCAACGGUGCUGUUGUGGACGAAGCACUUGAUUUCAUUCCUUUCCAGCACAGUGCCUCUUUCCAGUCAACAGGUAUUGAGACCCUUUACAAAAAUAAGGGUCCACUCUUGGGGUCUCUGGUCAAACGUGCUCUUCACUUGCUUGAAGAAGAAACUGACUUCCUGUUCGAAGGCGCCUUGGAGCACAAGAUCACAUCGCUUGGUAAAAGCAUUGCUAACGCUGCAGACUGGUCGACUGGAUCUAAUGUUAUCCAAUUCAACUACAACGAUCUUGCAGUCCAGACUUAUCCUACUGAGAGAAAGCUCCAAUUUAUACCCGACGCUGCCUACCUUUUGGUCGGCUGUCUUGGUGGCCUUGGCCGAAGUCUCACGCCAUGGAUGAUGGAACGGGGAGCAAGGGAUUUUGUUUUCCUGUCUCGAUCGGGUGAUGAUAAGGCCGAAGCCAAAUCACUUGUGAAGUCUCUCCAAGUAGCGGGGGCUCGGGUGCGGGUCUUCCGCACUGAUGCUUCGGAUGUCAAAGGCGUCACAGAGGCUGUGGUUCAAGUCACAUCCCAACGGCCUAUUCGCGGGGUAGUACAUGCCGCGAUGGUACUACAGGAUGGGAUAUACAACGGCAUGUCAUAUGAUAGGUUCAAAGCUGCCCUGGUUCCCAAAAUGGACGGCGCCCGUACCUUGCACGAGGUGCUGCAGGGACACGCACUGGACUUCUUUGUCAUGACAAGUUCUAUCUCCGCCACUAUCGGGAAUCCCGGUCAAGUCAACUACUGUGCUGGUAAUAGCUAUUUGGAUGGCCUCGCGUGGCACCGCAACCAGCUUGGUCUUCCGGGUGUCUCACUUAUUCUUCCAAUGAUCCUUGAUGUGGGGGUGGUUUCGGAGGAUCAGAGUCUUGAAGCUUCCUUGACACGCAAAGCAAUGUAUGGUAUUGACGAACGCGAGAUGCUGCGCGGCUUUGAAGUUUCGAUGGCGCAGCCAGUCCUCCAAAUCGACAGCCUGCACGUUCUUGGCGAUGCUCAGAUAGUUCUAGGCAUGGAGCCUGCCCGGUUGAAAGUCGCUCUCACUGCUUCUGGGUCGGCCGAUGCUGACUGGUAUAACGAUGCACGAUUCCAAGGUAUCCGCCAUACAGUUGAGUCAAUGGGUCAAGGUUCUCCAUCAAGCAAUUCUGGUGACGGGGAUAUUAUGAAGAUUCUAAAGGAAGAGGGACCUGACGCCAUGCUACAUACAAUCGGGCAACAUGUUAUGAAGAAACUCGCUGGAAUGCUGCUCGUGUCAUUGGAAAGUUUUGAGUACGAUGCCAGCUCGGUUGCGAACUACGGUAUUGACAGCAUGAUUGGAGCAGAGCUGCGAAAUUGGCUUUUCAAGCAAUACAGUCUGGAUAUCGCGUCCCAGGAGCUUUUGGCACCCAAGAUGAGCAUCAAAGCGUUAGCUACAGCCAUCGCUGUUAAACUUGGCCUGCUUUCUGUGUCCUCCUAA